UCAAUUGUACUCAAGUCUGUCUGAUUUGCGAUUGUAUUUUGCAGUUUCUUUAUUAAUCAUUAAUCUUAUUAUUUACUCUUGUAACGUAUAAUUGAAGAAAUACAAAUAAUAACACAAGAAUACAAUUUACUUUUACCUUGGUAAAUCAGAACGAUGAUUAGAAAAUAGUAUAAUAUUGUCAACGUAUUGAUUAUUUCGCUAUUUAUUUUAAUAUCUAUAUGAAGUUGAGACUGAUGAGUAUUAAUUUUUACUAAUUUCACAAGUGGACUUUAUGAUACACUAGUUUUAUAUACAUCGGCGAUCAACAAUGGAUUUAUCUAGAUUAUCCAAUGACAAGAAACUGGAACUUUGUAGAUGGUAUUUUAAAGUGGGCUGCUUGUUCCUGCCAUUUGUGUGGGCGGUGAACACAGUGUGGUUCUUCAAGGAAGCAUUUGUGAAACCUCCAUAUGACGAACAAAAGGAAAUUAAAAAAUAUGUACUAAUGAGCGGCGCCGGUGCAGUAGUAUGGGGCAUAGGUCUAGUGAUAUGGAUUACUGUGUACCAGCUGCAGAGGGUGUCAUGGGGUACCUUCGGAGACGACAUCUCCUUCAUUGUACCCCUAGGAAGACCAUAAUGACUGAAACCAAUUCGUAAUUUGUAUUAAUGACAAUUUUAAAUAAGGAUAUAAAGUUUACAACUUGUAGAAUAGACUUGUUAUGAAUUCAAAACAGUGGUCCCUCGGUUAUCCGACAAACGUUUUGCAGGGCAGUGUCCGACCAUCUAAUUUGUCGAAUUAUAGAGCACUGCCUAAGGGUCCGCUAUAGUCCGGAAUUCUUUACAAUGUAAUCCGACAAAUUACAGAUACAGUGAUAAGAUUCUAUAUGUUAUAUAUGCACUCUGAAGUACAUCAUCAUACUACAUUUUGUAUGUCAACUACACAAAGAUUCGUUACGAUAUAGGCGCUCUAAAAUAUCAUAUUUUUAUUUUAUUGUCAUUGUUUUGUGCUUUCGCUUCUGAGCUGAUACGUAAUACACAAUGAAUAAACAGUAAACAAUGAACACAUGCUAUACUGAAUCUCUAACGUCAUAACAUGUAAGUAGUCAAAUUCAAACUAAGCAAUUAUAAUCAAUACAAUACCCUACGCGUCGAGUACAACAGUGGGGAUGCGUACUAGUUCAAACUUGUUCAAAUUUGUUCAGUCAUGUAUUAGAGAAGUUUGUUAAAAAAUAUUAAAUAGUCAAUAAUAGAUCAUAUCGGAUUACAAGGGGUACCAGAUUACAGCGGGUCCAUUGUAUAUUGUAACCCCAUUUUGGUAUCUUAAUUUUAAAGACAGUAUGAAAAUAAAUCUGUUUACAUUAUUCAUAAACUUUUCUGGUUAUUCUAAACAUUAUAAUCAUGGGCGGAUCUACCUAAGGGCUUUUUGGGCUGCAGCCCAGGGCCCCGAGGAUACAAAGGGCCCCCAGUCCCCACUGAAACGAUAUUUAGAAUAUAAAAAAUA